GAGCGCGCAGCAAUGGCUGGGCAAAUGGGGAAAGGGAGAGGGGGGCAAGUCUAGAAAUUUUAUUAGGCACAUAUCGGUCUGAUACAGAGUAUCUCUAUUUAGUUUGUGAUUAUUUAUUCUACAAAGAUACAUAAGUUAAAAUAUAUGACAAAUUAAUUGAAAAACUUAAAAUGAAGUCGAAGUCGCAUAAUUAAAACUAAUUAAUUAGUUUGUCAAAAUGUCGUUCUUCUAUUUAUCUCCAGUAAAAGGUAACUUGCCGGUGCAUAUAUUGGAAGAAAUUACUACAAGCAGACUGCAAUAUUUGCAAGAACUUUUAAAGAGAGAAAUUGUUGAAUACAAUCAAUAUACCGUGGAAGGAAGUAUCUAUGAUAAUGUUGGUCACUUUAUGCUGUGUAUCGCAGCUAUCCUCAACAAAAGUAUAGGUCUGACACAAUUUUUAUUGAAUGGCGAGGUGGAACUAUUCAAACGACGAUUGGGGUCACUCACUGCCUAUGAUUUUAGAUGUUUUGUAAAAAAAUUAUUGAGGAACAUAAAAAAGUAUGAAAUGGCUCCAUUAUUUAUACACCCUUUGCAAUGUUUAUGUCAACAUUUGAUGCUCAAAGAUAUGGCACAGCAUAUUUGCAACUCAAAUCAUUUAAAUGAAUGUUCACAUUAUCAUAUAAAAUUGAAUUUCAAGCACUGUCUAAAUUUCAUUGCCAAAAGGCAGGUUGAACUAAAAGAAGGGUUAGUUUUAUUGCCUUGUGGCAAAUGGAGACAAUAUUUAGUCUUGUUAUUCUCAAUGAAUUUGAAAUAUAGACUAAGCAAUACAGACUUAACACCACUCAGGAGUGACCCUAGGAUCAAUGAAUUAUUAUUUAAAAUAAGAAGAGAAACACAAUGCUUUCAAAAUGGUAGUAAUGCAAUAAAUAAAUUAAGAAGCAUAGAGGUGGAUUCAGCUUCUGCAUUUUUUCCACCUUGUAUGUUAAACUUACACAAAUACUUACGUAAUAAACAUAGGCUAUCUCACACUCAGCGAUUCUAUUAUAGUUUGUUCCUAAAGGAUAUUGGCUUGAGUGUGGAUGAAGCUGUGAAUUUUUGGAGUGCAGAAUACCGACAAAAUCCAAACGGAAAACAUACAUGUUGUCACAGUUGGGAUAAAGACGAGAAAAAAUACCUGUAUGGUAUUAGACAUAUGUAUGGCCUGGAAGGAGCUAGGAAGAAUUACACAUCACAAAACUGUACUCGCAUACAGAGCAUGGAUAUUUCUUGUUCAGAGGGUGGCUGUCCGUUUAAAUCUUUUGAUGCAGAAAAUAUGAUGAAAAUACUGAACCUUAGAAGAGAAGAUGUUCUUCUGUCACAAAUAAAUGAACUGAAAGCCAAAGGCAUGUACACCUCAGCAUGUAUUUUGUUCCUGGAGAAAAAAUGUGAUAUUAUCUGUGAUAACAAUUUGAGUUUUAAUUUUUCCCCUGUGAAAUUCUACCAAAAGUCUACAAAAAAAAUGUAAUUCUAUUAGUAGGAGGUAUAAGUUUUAUAAUGAA